AUGAAUGAAAAUGGAUUAUCAAAUGAUUUUCAUUCUAAUAAAGAAAGCAGAAACACUUUGGAUAAAAUACUGAACUUAGAUAAUAAAAAAAAUUAUAUAAAUAUUGAUAAAAGUAAUGAUAAAAUUUCAAUGAAAAAUAAUAAUAAAAAUGCAACUUCAAAUAAUAACGAUUAUUUAAUAGAAUAUAAAAAUCAGAAUAUUCAUUCAACUAAUAAGCAAGAUGAAAAAAAGAUAAAUAAAAAAUUACAAAAUGGUAAAAAAGUAGAAGAAUUUACAUAUAAAAAUGAAAAGAGAGUUAAUAAAGAUGAAUAUAUAUACAUGAAUGAUGAUAACAUAAAUGUAUAUCCACCUUAUUAUGAAAGUAAUCAAAGUGAUUAUUACAAUAACGAAAAUAAGCAUAUUGUAAAUGAAACAACAGUUGAAAGUAAAAAUGAAAAAAAUAAAAAUAAAAACUGGAAAGGUAGAACUUUUAGCCGUUUCACACCUGGGGGAGUACGAUCUAGUACAGUAUUAUUUAUAUGUACAGCUAUAGGUGUUGGCUUUUUAUCAAUUCCAUAUGUGUUUUCAAAACUAGGAAUAGUUUUAAGUUUAAUUUUGAUAUUCUUUAACGCGAUUGAAUCAUAUGUUACUACAAAUAUUUUAUGUUUAUCAUCACUAGAACAUAAUACUUUUGUAUAUGGGAAUUUAUUAAAGAAAAUUGGUAAAGAUUAUCAUAAAACUAUUAUUGAUAUAGGCUUAUCUUUUGGUUUUUUUUCUAGUUUUAUAUUAAUUUUAAUCUUAAUGAGUGAUUUUUUAAGUAGUAUAUUUUCUGUAUUCAAUUUUCCAAGUUUUUUAUGUAAUAAUAUAUUUAUAGUGAUUAUCAUAUGCAUCUUAAUUCUGCCAAUAACAUUUAGAGAUCAGGUAGGAUCACUUAAUUAUUUUCUUACUUUUUCAUUAUUUUCCUUAUCAGUUACUGUAAUAACAAUAGGUAUUCAAGCAUAUUCUUAUUUUAAAAUAUUGGAAAAUAAAAAUAUUGUAUUAUUCAAUUUAGAUAGAAGUUUUUUUAAAUGUUUUAAUGUUUUACUAUUUUCUUUUUCUCAACAACCUAAUGCUUGUUUUAUAACAGGGCAAUUUAAUCAGCCAACUCAUAGAAGAAUAAAUAAAUCAGCAUAUAGAAGUAUUUUGUUACAGAUAAUUUUUUAUACAUUAUUUGGUAUUCUAGGAUAUUUAUCUUUUCUAAAUACAGCAAAAGAUAAUAUUGUAUUGAAUUAUGAAAAUACAAAUGUAUCCAUUCUCUGUUGUAAAUUCCUUUUAUCAAUAACUUUUUUUUUUUCAAUACCUUUAAACUUUAUGGGAUCUUAUCAAAGUUUGUUGUCUAUAUUUUUAGGGAUACGUAAUAUCUUUUAUAAAAUAUAUUUUUUUAUUUUAAGAAGAAAUAGAUAUAUUACAAACUUAUCAUCAGUUUUACGAAAUGAUUCAGUUGAUCCGUUAGAAGAAAUUACACUUAAUAAUUUUACUGAUGCUUCAAGUAUGCAUGAAUCUGAAGCAUACGACAAAAAGCAAAGAAUUUUUGUUUCAACUGUUGUUACUAUUAUAUGCGCUUUUAUAGCAUGUAAAGUAAAAAAUUUAACCAAUGUUAUUGGAAUAGGAGGAGGAAUUACAUCUACUCUUAUAUCAUGCUUUUUACCGAAUUUGAUUUAUUUCAAAAAUAGAAAAAAUGUUGAAAAUAAGUUUAAAAGAUAUAUAACUUUAUUUAUGCUAAUCUUUUUUUCAUUUAUGGGAUUUUUUUCUGUCAUCAUUACUACAUUAAACUUAGUUAUUUAA